UGAAUCCCUUUGAGAGUUAAACUGUGUUUGGCUAUGCAAAUACACGGUUGGGUUCUUGAUUUUCACUUUCCUUAUGAUUGUAAAUCAGUUUUGUAUUUAACGGUCUAUUGGAGUAGCUUUCACUUUCGGCUCUGAGAAGAUUAGCCACUUUAGUGAGCCAUUCAAAGGCUAUUCCACCAGAGGGAGGGGGAGUUUCCCUGUUGCGAAUGGGGAGGAGUUACAUGGACAGGCUCUGUGCUUUUCCGCCUCAGAUAACCUGUGUGUGUGUAGGAGGACCGAGCGUCAACACGUUCUACCUAGUACCAGUCCCGGCGUGUCUCAGUGUUGGGCUUCCUCUCGUGUGUCUACAGUAGUCUUUGCUAGCCUUCUCUAUUCUCUUCUCCUUUUGCUCUCUCACAUCCGGUAUGGUUCUGCAUUCAGGUUCCACUGAACUGAACUGAAGGCGUCCUCUUUUUCUGCUCCUCAUAACUUUUUGUUACCUUGGUCGUCGGCAGCUCUGAAAGCAUGAAGCUGUCUGAGCGGCUGGAGGACUCCACCGACCGGUUCCGGCUGGCCGAGUCGUGUGUGGGCCUGGCGGGCUGCCUGUGUGUGUGCUACGCCGUGUGGACCCCCUACUGGCUCGCAGGGGGGGGGCUGUGGAUGGAGCAGAACCACACCGGACAGCCCCAGACGGAGGAGGCGAGCGUGGAGGGCCUCCUCUUCAGGGCCCAGGAGGCGCAACAAGUGUUCGGUUUUCUGUCCUCCCUGAUGGCCGUGAGCUCGGUGGCGCUGUGCCUCGUGUUCGCCCUCUGCUGGUCAUCAAGGACGGUGCACUCCUACUCCAACACCCGGUCUCUGCUCAUGGCGGGGCAGACCCUCUACCCCACCACCCUGCUGCUCCUCACUCUGGUCCCCACAGGCUUCUUCUUCCUCCUCAGCUGGGCGCUCUUCACCCGUCAGCACCAAGAGGAGAUAAGGCACGACCUCUCGGCCCUGGGCUCCUCCUAUUGGCUGGGCGCGCUGGGCUGGGCCCUCCUAUUGGUCGUCCAGCCAGUGGUCUUCCUGGUGGAGCAGGUCGUCGUGCCGGACCCCCUGCCCGACCUGUUGAGGUGCGUCCUGUCCCCGCAGAACGCCGCCCCCGUCUCCCGCAGCCUCUCAGAACCGUCGACCGACACCAGGAGGGCGGGGCACUUCAAGCCCAGGAGGGCGGUGUCAGUAGCCUGAAGGUGGUGUAACCACGACGACGGAGGAAUGAUUGGCCCGGGACGGUUAGACCAAUCACCUCAACUUCAUUUACGGGAUUUUUAUCAGACGCUUUUAUCCAAAGUGCCUUACAACGGUUCAUGAAAACAUUCACACACCAACGACGCAUGGCGACAGCCAGCAUUUUGGGAGCAGUCAGGAUGAGGCGUCUUGGCUGCUCAGGGACACCUCGACACCCAGCUAGGAGGAGCCGGGGGGCUGAACCCGCUCCACCUCCUGAGCUACUGCCGCUACUGGUUUGACCAAUCGACUCGUAGAUUAGCUGACCACCAGCAGGACGUGUGUGACGCACUGGAGAUUAUCCUGCGGGUGAGCCUGGGUACAGUGCUGGCAGAACAGCACAACAGGGUUUGAGAGGGGUUUUUGGUUCGAGUAUGAGAAGGCCGGUGCUUUGUUGCUAGGUGACGGGAGGAGAGUGAUCAGUGCUAAUACACAGCUGCUCCCAGGGUGGGCUGGAGUCACACUCGGCAACAAUCCAUCCAAAUCAGACGCACAGGACGAAUCCCGGAACGCCGCGGAGGCGGCGACAAAGAGGAACGUUUUUCACAGAGAGGUGGUUUUUAAUGAGCGACAGUUUGCGGGGUCGCAGCAUGUAAAACGUUCCCGGGAUUGUCAGGAAAAUGGCUCGUUUUUACCCAAGUAUUCCUCAUUAAUGAAUGAACACGGUGUCGCGUCAUCCCGGACAUUUCACACCGUUUCCAGCAAGUCCUUAAUGAGCUUUGGAACCUUGCUCUGCUCGCGAUACCCGGUGCUCUCAGAGUGGGCAUGGGUGCGUGUCUGGUGUGGGACAUACACACUUAACUGGCCUGCAUUUUCGAUCAAGUGGCCCCUCAAAGAGCUUUACAAUAUUGCCUCACAUUCACCCAUUCAUACACACCGAUGGUGGAGUCAACCACGCAAGGCGACAGCCAGCUCGUCCGGGGCCGUCAAAGGGGAGGUGCCUUGCUCAGGGACACCUCGACACGCGAGGAGAAGCCCGGGAUCGAGCCAGCAACCUUCCGGUUACCAUCCAACCCGCUCUGCCUCCUGAGCCAAAUGCCGCCCCCAACCACUUCAGGGUGCAUCGCUGAUUUGUAAUAUCAAUAGGGAUGGAAGUCAUACUGCAAGGGGCCGCAUGAUGAGCCCAUUGGAAACAUAAAGUGUAUUGGUUCGUUUCAAAGAGUUGUGCGUCUUCUUUACACACACACACUCACACACACACAUACACACACUGGACCUCUCUUUAAUCAAUGCUCAUCAAUAGUGAUUCCAAUAAUGUUAGCGGUAAUAUACAUCCUAUAAGUGAUAUAAAUAUACAUUUAUUUACAUGCAUAUCUAUACCAUUCAUAUAUAUAUAUAUAUACACCUCUCUCUUAGUUUACAAGAAUUGUGCUAUCGCUACUCUCAAACCCCUCGGAUUCAGCCAGCCAGCCAGCCGAGCUACACUAGCUGGUUUCACAGUCAUUCAAGGCGGACAGCACUCUUGUUAUUGAGUUCCUUUGAUCUGGAAGUCUCCCGCAUGCUGACUGGCAGGGGGUCAAUCUUACACAUUGUGACUUCUAAUAUCUCUGUCUGCUUUGAGGCAAUCGGACUCCCAGUGUUCGCUCGCCCACUAAACGGUGCUCUACACGCUACAAA